GGAGCUCUCUCUCUUCCUCAGCCAGGAUCGCCCACAUCCUUGCGGUGGUGUAGCUUCUGCGAAGUCGGCCUCCGCUGCUCACCGCUGCCUCUCCAUCUUUCUCAGGGUGAGCGAUCGCAAGGAUGAGCCGGGACAACCGCAGGAGCCAGACUCUGGACCUGAAGCUGAACCUUUCGCUGAUGCCGGCCAGGGGGGACGCGUCGAGAAGGAUGGGCGUCGCCGAUGACGCCUCCCCGGCGAGCUCAUGUUUGACGACGGCGUCGUCGUCGUCGGAGGCCGAGCUGGGGAUGAUGACCCCGGUGAGCACAGAGGUGGCGACGCCCAUGGUGCUCGCCGGCUGCCAGCGGUGCCUCAUGUACGUCAUGCUCUCUGCGGACGACCUCAAGUGUCCCAAGUGCUGGAGCACCGCCCUCAACUUCUUCCACAACACCACCACCAAGAACAAGAAGAACAGCAGCAAGAAGAGCAGGAUGUGCUAAACCUCCCUGCAAAACACCUUCUUCGUGAUUCAUUCCUUCUUCGGUUGUCUCUUUCAGUACCAGUCAUCUCUUGUCUUUAAUUACGUUAGCUGUGAUUCAAGGAAUGAGCACUUGGCUUCAUCUUA